AUGGUGCCGGUGCCAGUGGAGACCAAGAUCACCACAGCCACGAAGGUGGAUGGCGUCAUCUGCCAUGGUAUGUGCCGCAUUAUGGCAAAGUUUCUGAAUGGAAAAGCCCUGCCAGACUGCGCCGAGGGCAAGGGCCUUCCUGACUGGGCCAAGGAAGAGGCUAUGCAGUACUUCCGAGAGAACCUGACCCUUGAUGACAAGUUCCACUCGAACUGGUCUCGCAUGCGAACGGAACUCUGCCUCGCUCAUUUCCGCAGGCUCAUCGACGGCUGGUACCCAGGCAACAAGGACUUCUGGAAGCAGUGCCGCGACUUCUGCAAAGAAUGGGCCGGCUGGCAGUCAGGACCUCCUUUGUGUCGACCAUUGAGCGCCGGCAGGUUGAACAACUACCUCACGCACUUGGCCCGUGGAACAGACAUGCAGGAGGUCAUACCAAGCCAAGAAAUGCUGGCGGCUGCUGGCCGGUUUGGCAUCCGGAUCAGCGACAUUCGACUAACCAGCGACAGCAUCUUCCAGUUCUGCCGUGCCUGGACUGGUUUGGACUGGAGAGCAGGAUCCGCCACUGACCCUUGUCCUUGGCCCGUGCCUGAGGCGUUCGAUGGAUUGCUCUGCAGCUGGAAGCUACUCGCGCAAGCACGUGGCCACAAUCGGAUCUACCUGAACCCUCCAUGGUCCCAUAUGGACAGCUGGCUCGAGAAGGCAGCUCUGGAAUAUGCGACGGGUCUGCAGAUCUUGAUUGUUGUCCCAAGAUGGACGGAGGAGAGCUGCAUCUCAACCCUGACCUCAGCGCAGUACAGCCUCAGGUUCGUCUCGCGACCAUUGGCCCUCAAGACGCGGAGGAUUUGGGAUGCAGAGUUCGCUCACCCUACGAGCGGAAAAGCUAUGGCUCCCUUGGACGUCACUCUGAUCUGGAUGGUGUAA